GGAAGUGAAGGCCCCGGUAGCGGAGUCGGCGAAGUCGGCGACGCCAGUUGCGGCCUUGCGUUCCCGGACAGUGGGCGAUGGAGAACGGAGCGGUCUACAGAUCCACCACCGAGGCGCACCCGGGCCCCGCCAGAGGCGCCCGGAGCGGCCUUGUCGCCUACUUCACCCUGCGCCGGCUCAAGGGGACCCGGCAAAUCCUCAAACUCCUUCAGCUGGUGCUGUCUGUGUUGGCCUUUAUCUGUGAGGAAGUUGUGUCACAAUGUACUUUGUGUGGAGGCCUUUAUUUUUUCGAAUUUGUAAGCUGCAGUGCCUUUCUGCUGAGUCUCCUUAUGCUGAUUGUGUACUGCACUCCAGUUUAUGACAAAGUUGAUCCCGCAAAAGUCAAGUCAUCGGAUUUUUAUAUUACUGUGGGAACAGGAUUGGUGUUUUUGGUGGCAUCCAUCUUUUUCUCUUUGACACAUGACAGUACCACGGCUGAACUUGCUGCAAUUGUGUUUGGAUUUCUAGCAAGUUUUGUGUUCCUGUCUGACUUUUUCAUUAUGGUCUAUGAAAAACAUAAGGAGCCCCGGCCAAGAAAACCUGAGGCUACUGUUAGUGAACCACUUAAUGCUUAGAGACUCUAGGGAACAGGUGUUACGUCGCCACUGCGUGGUGCCUGAGCCCUGGCAGAAGCUCUUGUAGAGUCUGUCAUUAUUAAACCACUUCCUUUGGAGCGCAAGGCAGAAAGGCAGUUUGAUCAGUAUUGAUUGGACUGUGUGUCAGUCACCACAAAUUGGGCCAGAGGGCUUUUUGUUUUAAAAAAUAUAUUUUCUUUUGGUAACAGUUGAAACUUGUGUCAGAUGAAGUUUUGUUUUGUUUUGUUUUGUUUGGAGGUGAGGGCAAUUGUUCCUUUAAAUCACAUAGCUCAACUGAUGAUAAAUUAUUCUGUCAUUGUUACUAGGCUUAGCUUUCAAAUUAUGCUUUAUAGCUGUAUAAACAGCAUGAUUAAGUUUAUCCAUUUAGAAAUGGUUUCAUUUUUAAAUUAAUUUGCUUAACUAUAACUUUGCUUUUUGAUGACUAGAUAAAAUUUAAUGUAUAUUUAAGAGAUCAAUAUUUUAAAUGUUGGUCUAGGUUUUUUCCUUAAAAUGUAAAACCCAGGCUUUACUGUAUCUCACUCAGCCUUAAAAUUAUACUGUAACAUUUUAGGAUAAUAAUAAUUAACUCUUUCUGAGACCUUUUAUAGCCUAAUAGAAAAUGUAUGGGAGAUGUUGAUAUUGUACAUGUUACAAAAGCAACAGCAUCAGUAAUCCCAUGUUUAUACUGUACUUUGGUUGUCAAUAUCAAGUAAAAAAAAAGAUCUUUAUAUAGAAAGAUAGAAAAAUGGAAGAAACUGCUAUCAUGACUAAGGACCAAAGAUAAGAUACACUUUUGCACAAUGCAGUGAAAGUAGUUAUAAAAGUAGGCCUCGACCACUUCCAAAUGCCUGAAGAGAUGAGUUCAUACUACGAGAUAGAAAAUGGUUUGUUCCCUUUUGCCAUAUGAUUAUUUCUACUGAAGUUAAUACAGCUCUGCAGGUUCUGUUCAGUGUUUUCUUUGGAGCCAAUCUUCUUUUAAAACCCCAAUCUUUGAUUUUUGAUUUGAGAGCCUCCCUUUUCUGUCUCCAUAUCAGAAUGGUCCAUGUACUACUUCAUCAGGCAUAGCUGGGCCUCUGGCUCUGGCUUCCUUGAUGGCAGAUUCUCCAGAAUCUUGGGCCCUUUUAAUUGCAUAGAGUAUAUAGCAGGAUCUUUAGGGUUCUUGUUCCCACAUAGGCAUUGCUCUGGUUUUUCUUCAAAGGAGACCUUCUUAAGAAAGUGAAUAUCCAGAGAUUCCUGCCCAGUUUAAUACUGUUGAUGGUGUAAGGGAGUAGUCAAACUAUUCUCAGAAGACACUUCAUAACCAGUUCUGAUAAUUUGGAAGAACUGUCUGUUGCUGGCAGGCUGUCUUAGAGCCAGCCAGCCAGGGCACUUUGAACAAGACCCUUCUUGAAGUGGGUCCUUUUUUUUGUUUGUUUUAAACGGGACCUUUCUGACCAAGUGGUUCACAGACUAGACCUUUCUUGUCCUCCUGGUAGAUUUUUUUGACUCAAGACUGUAGGGCUCAGGCAAUGAGCCCAUGCAUCAGAUCCUUCAGUACUUUGGUUAAAGUCUCCUGGGCUAGUAGGUUUUCUGUCUGAAAGAGUGGAAUCAUGUUUCCAGUGAGACAGUUUAAUGACCUCAUCCUUUUUUAAUUUCUCAUCUGCCAAUUGUGUGUUGUAGAUGGUUUUCAGACGCAGAUGUCCGGACACAGCUUCUGCUCUUACUGACUCAGAACCUUAUCCAUUUGUAUCAGAGCUUGGAUGCUAGUGCUAGUGGUGAUGUCACCACUACCUGCUUGGGAGAUAAUGAAAGCAAUCUUGGAUGCUGUUUUUACUAGGUGUGCUGUCUGAGAGAGGAGAAAUAGCCUGGGUCUUGGGUUCAAAGAUAAGCAGCUUAUGAUAGGCAGGUUCUCAAAUUUCACAUCCAGCUAUACUGUUGUCCUUUUAAGUAAGUAUCAUCUGCACCCAGCUGGGAUUCAGAGCAGACCAGCUGGGCUACCUCAGGGUCCCCACUCAUGCACUGGGCUCAGUUGAGUUUGAUGGAAUGUCCUCUGCUGGCCUCACAUCCACAGCAUGUUGGCGUGGAACUUAAGCUCUGCUUGUUCUGAGGUUUCACUUCCAUUUGUUUCAUUGGCACAGAAUGGACCUCUUAGCUGGCCACCGAAAGGUAAUAUCUUCACUGGUAUUUUGGGUCACUCUAGAACCUUUCUUCACAUUGUUUUUUACAGGACCCAUGACUGAUUAGCCUCCAUCUUCUAUUGUAGAAGGAGUUAGGAGUAAAAAGAUCUUUGUGGUAAAUAAAAAUUUCAAGGUGAACUUGAAACCAAAGAUACUGUUACUUACAGAAAAGGGCACACUUAGUAAACUCAAAUGUAAAAUAAUUUUUUAUUAACGUUUAUGGUAAAUUUAUAUUGUACACAAAUAGACUGUUUAGAAUGGUUCUUAAAAAUUAUAAGGGAAAUGCACAUACAGUACAAAAAUUUUAUAACUGCUCUACUUCUGUUUGGGGACUGGGAAAUGUAUUUUUACAUUGUUUAUAGCCAGUCAAUCAUUUUUGUAUUUAAUAAUUUUAAAUCCUGAGUCUUUUAUAUCUAUCUCUCUCAAUGUCAAAUUUUGUAGUCUUCUUUUUAAAUAAACCCACUUUAUUGUUCA